AUGGCCAUUUCUGCAUCUUUUGUGCUUUUUGUCUUAGUAGUUAUAGUUCUUUUCCUCCUUAUUGGAAAGAGAAAGCUUAGUAGACUCACUAGCCUGAAAAAGAAAGUUGUAGUGACCUUUGCAUAUGCUCCAACUAAACUAAAUUACGACAACGUGGUUAGAGCAAUUGAGAAUUUCAGUAUCCGCAACCUAAUUGGCACAGGAGGCUUUGGGUCAACUUACAAGGUAGAAUUGGACCCAAGCUUCCUUGCAGUUGUGAAGAGGCUCUCAAUUGGUAGAUUUCAAGGCAUUCGGCAGUUUAAUGCAGAGAUACGACCUUUAGAAAGAAAAUUCGGCAUAAGAACCUUUGGAAAUCUUGAAACCUUCAUACAUGAAAGGUCAGGCAACAAUGUAGAAUGGUCAGUGAUCCACAAGAUAGCUAUUGACAUGGCCCAAGCUUUGUCUUUCCUUCAUUACUCUUGUGUUUCCCGCAUAGUUCAUCAUGACAUCAAGCCUAGCAACAUCUUACUUUAUGAGGAGUUUAAUGCAUACCUGUUAGACUUUAGAUUAGCUCAGCUUCUAGAAGUUUUUGAGACCCAUGCUACCACAGUUAUAACAAGCGCAUUUGGGUAUGUUGCACCAGAAUAUGCAACCACUUGCAGGGUUUCUGACAAGGCAGAUGCUUAUAGUUUUGGGAGAUCUCUAAUUUUAAAGUGUGAAACACAGUUAAAUGCAUCUUCUUGGUCAAUAGCAGAGAAUCAGACAUUUGCAUCUUUGACUGGAACCUAUAACUUGAAAUCCAUUUCUGCAAUAGUGCCCAUAGAUAUGAUAAUUAAUGUAACAAUCAAUCAGCAUGUUGUUGAGGCAGCAGAGCAUAUAGGAAGCCUUAUGUCGGUAUUGGCAGUGUAA